CCGUAGUUGCCCGCAGGCAACGUCGGGUCCAGCGGUCGCGCGCUUGUGCUCGGUGUUCCGAUUACUCAUCUAUGAUCGCGGGGGAACGGCCACGUGUCCGGCGCUGAGGGAGGCGAUCUGAGAGUGGAUGGGACCGGGCGGGUGGGCGGGUGGUUAACUUGCCGACGCGCCCUGCGAGUUGCUGUGUCUCCUUGUCUUUUUCUUUCACGUGUCAACUCGUCGUUUGCCAGGAAUCUUGGAGGUCGAUCGGUUUCACGGAGGAGGAGGGGGAGGAGGAGGAGUGAAGGUCGGGACGACGGAAGAAGCGCCAGCUAUGGCGGCGGCCGUGAAAUUUGUAGAAGCUUUGCAGGUGGCUUACCCAGAUCUGACGGAAUGGUUCGUGCAGAUGGGAGAACUUCAUCAGCGAAAGCUAUGGCAUGAACUGACUCUCAAGCUGGAACAGUUUCUCGACUCACGCGUGGCUAAGGAUGGUGAGUUGUUAAAAGAGCUUUACCACAACUUCAUUGUGGAUUUCGAGACUAGGAUCAAUCCCCUGAAGCUUGCACAUUUUGCAGUUAUUGUUUCGAAUCAAUACAAGGAGAGGGAGGUUGCAGUCCACUUUCUGGAGCAGGUAGUCGAGAAGCUGCGAGCCACCAAAGAACGGCGUAUCGAAGAGCCCAUACUCUAUGUCAAGAUGCAGAUUGCUUCUUUGAAACUUCAGGGAGGAGAUGAGAAGGCCUGUAAGCAACUUAUCGAGGAAGGAAAGAGCACGCUCGACAGCAUGACCGACCUUGAUCCGACGGUCCAUGCCGCCGUGCAUUGGGUAGCCACGCAACACAACAAAUUGCGGGAAGAUUACGCCGCAUUCUAUCGCAGCGCGUUGAUGUACCUUGCCUACACGUCCGUCGAGAAGUCAACCGAAGAGUUUAAGUUGGAAUUAGCAAUUAAUGUCCUGGAGGGUACCAGAUUUGAAUGGCUUUAUCAUUUACUUCUGGCUUUCAACACUGGAGAUCUAAGUAAAUACGACGAGCUCUGUAAUGUUUAUGCUGCAGACUUGAAUGCGCAGCCUGAGCUUGUGCAGAAUGUGAAGCGGUUGCGGGAGAAGAUCACUAUCCUCUGCCUCAUGGAACUCAUCUUCAGCCGGCCAUCUGAGGAUCGGACAAUCCCAUUGGCAACAAUUGCGGAGAAGACGAAGCUGCCACUUGAUGGCGUGGAGUAUUUGCUGAUGAAGACCUUAUCGGUCCAUUUGAUCGAAGGAGUUAUCGAUCAGGUGGAGGGGACGGUGCGAGUGUCCUGGGUUCAGCCAAGAGUUUUGGGAAUACCGCAGAUCAAGGCAUUACGGGACCGCCUGGAUGCCUGGCUGGCUAAAGUGCACUCGACGUUGAUUGCUGUUGAAUCUGAAAUGCCCGAUCUCUUAACUGUUUAGCGAAACCAACUGAUAUUGAUCUUUCCUUUUACAUUUCGCGUUCCUGUACUCGUCCCUGGAAAGCUGCACUGUUGCUCUCUCUCACCCCAUGAUCCUCGGUUUCCUACCAUGCCCGACGUCAACACCUUGCAUCAGUGAAUCUCUCUCUCUCUCUCUCUCUCUCUCUCUCUCUCUCUCUCUCUCUCUCUCUCUCUCUCUCUCUCUCUCUCUUGCUUGUUUGUUUGGAUGCACAUGCUUGUGCAAAUGGUGGUACUACUGGGUUUCCCUGGUGCUGAAUUUGUCUGCCGAGCUACUUAAUUGACAAUCUGAAAUUCUCCCUUGGUGUAGUUCUUAGAGAACUCCCAAUCUUUACUGAUCCAUUUCCCACUGCCAUUUUCAAGUGCUCUGUUGAUGAGAAUCCCCUUGUCUGAUCUGCUUUGGUGACGGCGAAUUACUGAGAUGCUGCCGACCAGUCAGAGGCAUGGACCAUGCAGAGGUUCCGGUGAUUUUUUGGAACUGGCAGUGGUCCUGGCCCUGAUGACUUUUCCUGGUCCUAUUCCCAUUUCCCCUUGAUCUCUCUAUAUUUCCCCUUUUUCUUUUUCUCUGUGUCCUUUCUCCCGUAUUAAUUGUUUGUUUUCCUUUUCGUUCCUUGCAGCGGAGUUUCAUUGUUAG